AGUCCACUAGAAGUUAUUCUUCCUCUGCAAAAUAAAAACAAUGCACUUUUCUCGCAACUUAACCACUCCAGGAUCAGUGGUUCUAAGAAGGAGUCAGUUAUGCACCCUAUUCUUAUUCUAAGUAAAACUGCACUACAAACAUCUGUAAAUGAGACAAAAUAUAACUGCUAUUUAUGA